AGUUUAUUUCAUAUUGUCGUGUGGAACCUUCACAUUGUAACAAAACAUGAUUGUACAUUUACAAAACCGAAUGUUUUCAUUAAAUCGACAAGUUUUUACUUUCACUAGAUGUAUUUUUAUGACAUGCAACAGAAAGGCUUCAAGGUUGGCCGAAGUUGGUCUACUAGAAGCGCCAAGGCUUCAAGAGAAAUAUGAAACUGGACAGCUAUUCCUUCAUCGGAUAUUUGGUUACAGAGGUGUCAUUAUUUUUCCUUGGGUUGGUAAAGUUUUUGACAGAGAUCUUGCUACUAAAGGUGAUGUAGCGAGUGAUCUUAGAAAGGGAAAUGAUUUAGCGGAUAAAUCGUCCGUUUCUCCUCCAAAAGACGUCAAGGGAAGAACUCAUACUUAUUAUCAAGUUUUAAUCGACACAAGAGACAUGUCUCAUAUAAGAGUGGGAACUGAAUCAGUUACCUUUCUAAGUAGUCAAGAUAGUAGGGGAACCUUAUACUCUAUACCAGGAUUAGAUUAUGUUAGUCACGAAGAUAUUCUGCCUUAUCAGUCUACAGAGACAAGUCCAAUAGAAAAUCAUCUAUUUGAGAGAUUUUUGAAGAAAACAUCUCCAGAGUCACAUAUUUGGUCUGCAACCGAUACACUAAGAGAAUGGCAAAGAAAGAAUCAUCCCUGGUUAGAGCUGACUGAUGUACAUAAAGAAACUACAGAAAAUAUGCGAGUAACAGUUAUGCCAUUUUAUAUUGGAUCCAGGGAGGUGCAACAGACAUACGUAUAUUGGUGGAGAUACUGCAUUAGAUUAGAAAAAUUAGGAACAGGGAACGUUCAAUUAAGAGAAAGACAUUGGCGAAUAUUUUCAUUAUCUGGCACUUUGGAAACAGUUAGAGGUCGAGGCAUUGUUGGCAAGGAACCUGUAUUUACGAAAACGCAACCUGCUUUCCAGUACACAAGUCACAUUUCACUCCAAGCUCCCAGUGGUCAUAUGUGGGGGACUUUUAAAAUGGAACGAGAAGACGGCUCAAGUUUUGAAUGUAGAAUUCCGCCGUUUUCACUUGAGAGUAAGAAUGUCGAUCCCCUCACAACUUCACCAAAUCCACAUGAAUUAUCAUAA